GUAUAUAUACCUUCGUUUACACACCUAGCGCUGCCAAUUUACUUCGGAGCCGACGACGCAUUUGCAACGCACCUGUCCUCACUAUGGCCAUAAAAGUCUUAUCACCUCAGCCAAUCGAGGAGGAUGCCUCCGAAACAAGUCCCCUCCUAGGCCAGACCCAGCAAAAUGGCCGUGGCAAUGGCCAACCCGUCGACCCGGAAAACACACAACCUUCGCCAGAAGAGGACCCAGCCGCCGACGAAACCGCGCUGGCCGAAGAGCCCAGCACCAAGAAACUCGUCGCCAUCAUGGUCGCAAUAUGGAUCGGUGUCUUUUUCGCCGCACUAGACACGACCAUUGUCGCAACAUUGACGGCGCCAAUAUCCUCGAGUUUCGACUCCCUCAGCCUUCUGUCGUGGCUGGCAACAGGCUACCUCAUCGCCAAUUCAGCAUGUCAACCGCUCUCAGGCAAACUUACCGACAUCUUUUCGCGACGUUGGGGUCUUUUAUUCUCUAACAUCUUCUUCGCCGUCGGCACACUGAUAUGCGGUCUCGCGCCCAACGCCUCGACCAUCAUUGCGGGGCGCGUGAUUGCUGGUAUUGGCGGCGGCGGCCUGUCUUGUAUCAGCACGUUCGUCACGUCCGACCUGAUCCCGUUGAGGAGGCGUGGUCUGUGGCAGGGCUACGGCAACUUGGUUUUUGGUCUGGGCAUGGGUUCCGGCGGCGUGUUCGGCGGGUUGUUGGCCGACCGGUUAUCCUGGCGCUGGGCCUUCCUGCUGCAAGUGCCCUUCAUUGUGGUCUCCGCUGUACUGGUCUGGUUCCUGGUCGAUAUCCCCGUCAACCCGAGCACGAAACCGGCGCUACGACGGAUCGACUUCCUGGGCUCAUCACUGCUCGUCGCGUCGCUGGUGUUGUUCCUGCUGGGCUUGAAUACCGGCGGGAACCAAUUGCCCUGGUCGCACCCGCUGAUCAUCACAUCGCUGGUUCUAUCGCUCGUCAUCCUCGCGGUGUUCAUGUACCUUGAGUCUCAUGAGCGUUGGAUCCCAGAACCGGUCUUGCCUGUCGCGCUCAUCGCAAAGACCCGAACCGUCCUCUUCAGCUGUCUGGCAAACUGGUUCUCGACCAUGUCCGCAUUUCUCGCACUCUACUAUGUCCCAUUGUACCUGCAGAUCCGCGGUCUGAGCUCGACUUCGGCUGGUCUACGCGUCAUUCCGUUCGCCGCCGCGACGUCAGUCGGGAGCUUGGGGGUCGGAUAUAUCAUGCGGUCCACAGGCCGCUAUUACUGGAUGAUGGUCGCCAUCAUGACCAUUUUCGUUGUUGGUGCCGCACUGCUGUGUACAUUCCAGUACGAUACCCCCGCGUGGGCGACGUACGUGUAUGUGAGCCCACUGGGAUUGGGCUACGGAGCGAUGUUGACCAUCACCUUGGUCGCCAUGAUCAGCGCUGUCGACCAUCAGCACCAGGCCGUCAUCACGGCGGCAAGCUACGCCUUCCGAUCGACGGGGUCGACCAUUGGCAUCACAAUCGCAAGCGCCGUGUUUCAAAACAUUCUUACCAAGGAGCUUCGCGACGAAUAUGGUGACAUGCCAGGCAGUGAAGAUGUCAUCAGGAAGAUCAGAAACAGUCUAGAGGGCGUCAAACAUCUACCUGCUGGGUGGAGCAGAGAUGUCAUCAAUGGAAUCUAUAUGGACGCAUUGAGAGGUGCAUUCAUCGCAGGGCUUGGAUUAGCUGUGCUCGCUGCUGUUGCUGCGUUGGGUAUGAAGGAGCAUGUCUUGCAUAAAAAUCUGGCCAGAAAGUAGACAGAAGCUGUUGUAAACAUAAUACGGAAGAUAGAACUGAAUAACCUCUGUACCUUGCCUGCACUGUUGAAGGCCUCGUGUAUAAAAACAAAACAGUUGACCAAGAGUCCAGUUACCAAGCUUCUUUAUGGUCAUGAUAGUAUGGUUUCUUCUCGUCGGCUUGUUUCACCGAAUGUGUUCUUAUUGUCUGCAAGCUUUUCCUACGUGUCUUCUUGUGUUGGUAGGACUGCUUUCCGUCAAGAUACUCUUUCUUGGUUUCCGCCGUUCGAAGUCUAAUGCACCGCUGGUAUCGUGAGUACUUACUCGGACCCAAAUCACGAUUCGCGUGGCAGGUAUGUAGAUCAGUCGCGUGACCGCCAGAACGCACAGUAUU